CCAGUAUUGUAGAUGGUUGUUUUUUCGUGUUUACAGACAAUCGUCUCUACCUGUGGUCUUAAGAAUAAUUUCUGAAUAUCUUGUAGGUAUAUGAGCUUGCUGUCCGCCCUCAUAGACCUAUGGUGAUUCAGAAGAUAUGUUUUCCAUAAAUAUCCAGCUGUAUGCCGGUGAAUUAUGAACUGAAAAAGAAUAAUAUAAAGAAACCUUUUCCUUGUAACUAUGAAUGUCGAUUUGUAAAUUUUUGAUGCAUAAAGGCAAUCUUUGGGACCAUUCUCGAAGCAAAUUAAAAUUGUAAGUAUAGCCGUAGAAUUCAGUGAGUCCUGGGAGCUAUUCUGAAGCCGAUUCCAAAAAGUAGGGAAAUCUAAUCUUGGUUAUGUUGUACAAACGAGUUCAAAGUAAACUAAUUAUUGGAAUUCAUAUGUUUACUGAAUGUAGAAAAAAUCUCAUUUAACAACACUAUUCUCCAAAACAGUAGUAAUGUAAUACUAAAGAGGCCACUAGUAAUGUAAUACCUACACUCGUUUGUUAAGAACAGAAACCCAUAUCAUCUGUAUUAUGUUGAUUGGUUUCUAAAUGGUUUCAAUAUAUUUCAAUUUAUCCUAGUUAUUAUUACUUGUUUUUCAGUUUAAGUCGCCGUUACAUCGUACAUACAAAUAUUUUCCAAUAUGCCGGUUCAUGGGCUUGUUUAUUAUACGACUCCUUCUAUGGCUACCUUCUUGGGACCUGCACAAGACUAUCUUGUAAAAUCAUUUUUAGCCCAGUAUAUGAAAAAAUGGAUCGUUCAGUAUAAACUCUAUCGGAAUGUCCUUUCCCCAAAGAGUUUGGAAUUCUUAAAGCAAAAUAUCCAUCCUUAUAUGUAUGCGUGUGUUGAUGAAACGACUACUAUUGAUGCAGAACCCGAAUUAGAAGAUAUUAUCGUACGUACAAAGCUGUGGACAUUUCGCCAAACGUUUAACAUAGAGGGAGCAAUUUAUGAGGUUGGAGAUUUCACUGUAGCUGUUGCCAAUGUUCUUCAGAAAUCAACAUGGAAAGGGAUCGUUUUUCACGUUACUUACGAUGGUUCUGACGAUGUCGAUAUUGCUCGGCCCAUCCUCCAAGAGUUCUUUAAUAUUUGUUUCUUUAAAAAUUCUUCGCCUCCUCCUCCUAUCUAUGAAAACUAUUUCUACCAUCACAGGCAUUCCAUUGAUCCUAAACUCUUUCUCCAAAUUUUUAAGCAUAGAGUCGAAAUUUCUACCCCGUCUAGUUUACCUCGGGUGAAGUCUGAAAGUACUCCUGCUGGAUGAAAUUUCUUCGUAUUUUUUUGUAAAUUAGGUCAAAAACGAAUGAAUGGUACGCUGCAUGUUGUUCUCCCCUCCUCAUUUUACUUUUUUUCCCAUCUGUUCCUUUGCUAUCUUUAUUUUUAUUCACGCUUACCCAUAGACCUUUUAAUUAAAUGAAAAAUUUUAUUAAAUUACGUGUCCCAAACAAAAAUUAUUAAGUCC